AUGGCUUCCCAAUCACUCCCAAAGACGAUGAAGGGUGUCAUCAUCGAGAAAACAGGCGGCACUGAGGUUCUGCAAUACAAGACAGACCUGGCAGUGCCCGAGCCAAAGGACGGUCAAGUUCUGGUCAAGAACGACUAUGUCGGUAUCAACUACAUCGAUACGUACUUCCGCACCGGUCUGUAUCCUGCACCCAGUUACCCGUAUAUGCUUGGAAGAGAGGCAGAGGGCACCAUAGUUGCCACUGGCCCCGACACACCACAUGGCUUCAAACCUGGCGACCGCAUCGUCUACCUGUCCGAGGCAACCUACGCCGAAUAUACCGCAGCUCCUGCAGCCAAGGCCAUCAAGAUCCCCUCGGGCAUUGAGCCCACCAUAGCUUCUGCCGCCCUUCUCCAAGGCCUCACUGCUUUGACUCUGAUCAGAGAGGCUUAUCAUGUGCAAAAGGGGGAUUGGAUUCUGGUUCAUGCUGCCGCUGGUGGCGUUGGCUUGUGGUUGUGCCAGCUGCUCGCCGCUGUUGGUGCGAAGACCAUUGCCACAGCAAGCACACAGGAGAAGCUGGAACUGGCCAAGAAAGCGGGUGCUGAAGUCCUCAUCAACUACAGCCACGAGGACGUCAAGGCAAAGGUUGACGAGGUCACCAACAAGCAGGGCGUUGCAGCAGUUUUCGACGGUGUCGGCAAGGCCACCUUUGACCUCAGUCUGGAUUGUCUAGCUCGCAAGGGCACUAUGGCCAGUUUUGGUAAUGCUAGCGGUGCUGUGCCGCCCUUCGCAAUCGCACGACUCUCACCCAAGAAUGCCAAGGUCCUUCGCCCGACGCUGUUCAAUUACAUCGCAACGAGGGAGGAAUUUGAGCAGUAUACCAAUGAACUUUUCGACUUCAUUGUCAAGGACAAAAUGGAUGUGCGAGUCCACAAGGUGUACGACCUCAAGGACGUUGCUACUGCACACGAGGACAUCGAAGGCCGCAAGACUACCGGCAAGCUUCUAUUGAAGCCCUGA